AACAGCGUAGCAGUUACAUUUCAUUGCAAUGUUAAUUUUCCGUAAAUGUGUCUAUUUACAUCGAAAAUAAACAGAGACUUUCCAUUAACAAUGUCGCUGUAAGUCUUCUUUAAUGUGAAUAGAAAAUUGAAGGAUAUUAAGAUGGACGUGGAUAUGGAUUUGGACUCUGAAUUCAUGACGAAAUUCAGCAGUUUAGGUACGACGGACCGGGAUGUUUUGGUCGGUGAAUUUCAGAAACUGGCCGGUAACAAUCUGAACCCGACAGCCUGCGCUUUCUUCUUGGACAUGAACAAUUGGAAUUUACAGGCAGCAAUCGGCUCUUACUACGACAUUGAAAACUCAGCUCCUCAAACAAAGCUUCCAAGGAUGAUGUUAAUUAAUGAUGUCACCAUCGGCGAGGGAGAAUCCAUCCCUCCAAACACGGAGUUUAUCAAAACAUGGCGUGUCAAAAACAACGGUGAUGACCCCUGGCCGCCAGGUAUUUGUUUACGUUUCACCAGUGGCCAUCAACUUGGCCCCCUAGACCGUAUCUUUCUAGAAAGUGUCGAACCCCAACAGACAUUAGACAUCAGCAUUAGGAUGCAGAGCCCCUCAACCUGUGGUCUCUACCAGGGACAAUGGAGGAUGUGUACAACAACAGGGUUCUUCUUUGGGGACACAAUAUGGGUGAUUCUAGACGUAAGAGCAGAUGGAAUGCUGGGUCUCACUCAACAGAUGUCUUCACUAGCAACUGCUCAAAUAGCAACUCCCAUCAACUCAACACCUCUGCCUUUCGGGGGGCAUCCCGGGUCACCAGGCAGGCCACAUGAUCAGGAAAUAAAUGCCGCCCUUCCCAUACGACCUCCUCUUUUUCAGGUGAACACACAAGAGCCUCAAGCAAUAUUCACCACAUCACCGCACCAGCCACACCCCUCUCAGCAAUAUAUACAACAGCUACCACUAAGCUCCGCCUACCAGGAAAUGUCUCUUAGUAACCACUCAACAAAUAGCCAAUCAGAAGAAAGUUCGCAACAGCAGCAACAACCGAAUGGGCUGGGUCGGCCAGGUUUAUUAUAGCAUUAUGUUUAGACAGAGUUUAAUUUUAGACAGUUGUAAUUUUAUGGGAUGGUGUGUUUGAGUAGUUUCUUUAAGGUGAUCCUCUGGCCCAAUUUCAACUGUCAACUGCAUAAUUCUUCAAGGAACUGGGGGCAAAGACGCAGUGCUGUAACCAAAUUUGUUCUCAAGUCAAGUCAAGUUACAAGUAAUUUUUGCUAAAGUCAAGUCGAGUCACAAGUCGCACAAUGUCUCGAAAUAAUAAGCCAACUCCCAUGAUGUUGUGACAAAUUUCAGUACAAUCAAAAACCUUUUAAAAGACCUGUUAAUGAUGAUACUUAAUUCAAUCCAGUGAAUCAUGCACCCAUAAUAUGUCUGCAUAUCUGUGCAGUUUUAACAUUCGGCCUUAUGACAAAAGCGCUCAAAAACUUGAAGCGUCAGAGAGUAGGAGGGUUGACUGUGUGUAGAUGCAUUCACCACCUGAUGUCACAUUGCAUGCUUGCAUAGUUCUUCGAUCCUUUAAAACUUGGUUUACAUUAAAGGGUCAGACUGUGGGAGGGUUAACACUGAAGCUACUCAAAUACACCCAUUAUUUACAGAGCCUUUUUUUAAAGUGCUCUUUAAAACGAAAACCAUAUAGUGGUUUUUUGUAUUAAAUUUGCAUGUGUAGGAUUUAUUAUUUGAAGCUAAUUCUCAAAAUGCAAACAAAUCGGCAAGUCUUCUUCAAACAAAAUCAUGUCCGAGAUUCUGUGUGAAAAAUUAAGUUAUGAGAUAAGUAGGGACGCAGUAACUCAAAAUAAUGCGGCCUGCUCCCAGAAAAUGAAAGUCCAAAUAUUUGUAUUAUUUUGUUGUUUGUUAGAAUCUUAACUCAAGUAAGGGAAUCUAUAGCUUCAAAAAUUCUAUCCACCACUCUUAGAGAAUAUCUCUUUCACUAGGAAAUAUCUCUUUUUCCGCCCUCAACAAAAAUUCUGUAGGAAUCUUAAAGAGUAUUUUUAGAACUAUAUGUAAAUUUGUAUUUUAAAAUUUAUUUUUAAUGGGUAUCUGUUGCUGUAACUUAUUUAACAAAGAUAGUGACAAAAUAGGGACACCGCCAACAUAGGGCUAGAUAGCUCAGUUGGUAGAGCGCCGGCACGUUAAUCCGGAGGUCAUUGGUUCGAAUUCCACUCUAGUCAAUUCUUUGUUCAACCCUAAAAAUCUAUUUAAUUUACAGCGGAACUUAUUUACAAUCGAACACAAUGUUUACGACAUCAGUUGAGUAUUCAGAAUUGUGUAGGAAUGUUCCAGAUAUAUACAUAAUCCCUGCAGCUGCUAGCCGCGAUCUUUUCUGGACAGUUUUGAAUCACUUCUCCAAGCCUGUGUGCUUCGUUUUUCGAAAGGGAAAGGGCACCAAGGCAUUUUCUCCUUGGUAGGCACCCUAUGAUAAAAC